AUGGCCAGCAACUCAAUCUGCACGUCCUGCCUACGCGCAGCAAGCAGAUCGCCCUGCAUCAAACGAACCACCUUCCCCCGCCUGCAAAGAAGCCUUCCCUUCUCCACCACACACGCGCAAAGAAAGCAAGACCCAACACCCGCACCCCCUCCACCACCCCUCCCCCAUAUCCCCAAAAGCCAACACGACGCCAUCACCUCCUUCGCCUCCACCCUGCGCCAAAGCUCCGCCCUCAAAGCCGCCACAGAGCCGUACAUCGCCUACGGCAGCACCGAAGACCUCUUCCGCGAAUGCAGCCGGCAGUGCGAGUACACCGUGCCCGCGCGCCUCGCCAGCACCCCCGAAGAGCCGCCGCGAACCGCAGCAGGCGAGGAUCUAGGCGAGGGGCAGGGGUGGUGGUAUGCGGCGAAGAGCAGUGGUGGACUUGGAUUGGACGCUACGUUCAAUGCCUGGGCGCAGAUUAUGUUUCUGCAUAUGUAUGUGUUGACUGUGCGGUUGCGCUGCUUCCCUGCGGAGCAUGCGCGCGUCUGGCAUCAGCAGCUCGUUGAUCACUUCUUCUACGCGGCGGAGGAUCGGAUGGUGCAGUGGCAUGCCAUCACCAUGCGCGGCUCGCGGAACAAAUACCUGAAAGAUCUCUGGCAGCAGUGGAGAGGCGUGAUCCUGUCGUAUGACGAGGGACUGGUGAGGGGCGAUGCAGUUCUGGCCGCGGCGGUGUGGAGGAAUGUGUUCAAGGGGGAGGUGGAGGCGGAUGUGAGGGAUGUAGCGCUCGUGACGGCGUAUCUGCGCGCGCAGCUGAAGAUGCUGGACGAGCUGGGGGAUGAGCGGAUUGCGAGUGGCGAGGUGCGGUUCGGGGAUCCGAAUGCCGUGCGUAAGGUGGUGGAGCAGGAGAGCGUGGGGAUGAAGCGUGCUUUUACGGCGGAGGAGUUGAAGGCGGCGCAGGAAGGGAAGAAUGAGGGAAAAGAGCAAAAGUGA